AUGCGGUCAACCACUAAGGAGAAAAGAUCCUUCUUCUUCCAUCCAAAACUCUCCGGUAACCCCAGGUACUUGCCUUACCCUCCUUCAUUCUCUAUACCAAGUGUCUGUUUUACUCUAUCCUUUAUUUCUUGGGGUGUUUUUGAUGAGAAUGAGAUGGAUGACUUCUGGUUAUUGAUUUGUUGUCCUGAAGCUUCCUCAUACUUCUGCAGGAUCGAUGCUAACACUUAUCAUCAGUCUCAAUUCCAGUUUCAAUGGCUCUACAUCGCCCAUGCCGUUAUCUUCAAACUUCACCUGUAA